AUGUCCAAUGUGGACACGGCUAAAACUAAACGAGACUUCGUCCGUCAGUCUGAGAAACCGAGGGGUGCGCACACCAUGAUAACCCAACUACGUUUAAUACACAUUCAUUUACUGCCAAUUACUUACAAGUACAAUACAACCGUACAAGACCAGGUUAUAAUGGCAUGCCCCACGCUGAUUAGUCUUGCAGCUGUGACCAAUAAAAAUAAGAUG